AUGAAUCGGCCACAGCCACUCCAGCUCAAUACCCAAGUGGGACAGAGUCAAAGAUACUCGUUCAUUGAGACUCCACUGGAAAUGAACGCCCGGACACAGAACUAUGAUCUAGAAAGUCCCCCUCCAAUGCCAGCGAACCCAACGCCGGCCCAUCGACAAGAGCAGCCCACACCCGAGCAACCGAUCCAGCAACCUCAAACAGCGGUAGUGUACCAAGAACGCGAACAAGAGUCGCAGGUAGACGAAGGAAGCAUUCCCACAUACUCGCGAUACCCACAGUUUGACCAACAUCCUGUUCAUUUCGCACCGGCGGCCGGUACUCCCCAGCCCCAACUGCUGCAGCACCAGAUACAUAUGCAAUCACCUCAGUAUGCAUACGGCCAGCCGCCUUGUUCGCCGGGACCCUUACCACCAAAAGUCAACGCUGAACCUCCCCGACGAGCAGACACCUUCACUAUCACCCCCGAUGCGAACCCUCUGCAGUCACCAAGAUCGCCAUUUUUCCCUCCUCCGCCCUCCUCGGCUCCCUCACAGACACCGGCGAUAGAUGACUUGGCCACAUACCAUCAGCCAGGGCAAAUAAUGCACCCAAAUCAGGAAGUGAUGGGAGGCGCAUGGCACCACGGGCUUUUCGCAACUAUACAACACACGAGGACAAGGAAGGCGUAUGGGAUCCAGGGAGGGAUUGCUUCAGAUUGUGUGCGAGCAACUUGCUGCACAUGUUGCACGUUGAUUCAGGAUGAGAAGGAGAUUCAGGAACGGGAGAAGCAGCGUGGACGCGCAGCUCUUGAGCGUGGUGCUAAUUUGCUCUCGCCGUACACAGCCCCAGGGCCAAUGGCGUAUCCACCGCCGCCGAAGUGA